CACUUCCCUCAUAAGGAAAACCAUAACCCCUCUUCUCACCUCCGUCGCCUGGGACCUCCAUUCCCGGCAACCCCACCUCCGCCGUUGCCGCCGCCGUGAUAAGAGAAAAACCCAUAUAUUCCGUUCCAUUUUGACUCCCUCCGAUCGGAAUUGAAAUUAAAAAAUGGGAUCGGAGCUGAUAUUCAGAGGGCACGACGAGACCCAACCGCCGGCGGACGCAUAUUCCCCAAAACCCCCAAAGCCAUGGCUGUCCGUGACCCGCCCGAUCCACUACAUGCUUCGGGAACAACGCCUCCUCUUUGUCCUCGUCGGCAUUGGUAUAGCUACUCUUGCCUUCACCCUCUUCCCCUCUUCCAAUUCCCCUUCUCGGGUCGGUUACGGAUACGGAUACGACCCGAUCCCAACCGACCUUGCCCGGUGGUCCAAUACGCCAUCGUACGAGCACCGAGCUGGAUUCCAAAUCCACCGGGUCAUGAACUCCGGAGGCAAGAUCCCACUGGGGCUGAAGCGAAAGGGGCUCCGGAUCGUAGUGACCGGCGGUGCCGGGUUCGUGGGGUCGCACCUUGUGGACCGUCUGAUUGAGAGAGGCGACAGUGUGAUAGUGGUGGACAAUUUCUUCACCGGACGGAAGGAAAACGUGAUGCACCAUUUUGGGAAUCCGAGAUUUGAGCUGAUUCGACACGACGUGGUUGAGCCGCUGCUUCUUGAAGUGGACCAGAUCUACCAUCUGGCAUGCCCUGCUUCCCCUGUUCAUUACAAAUUCAACCCCGUCAAGACAAUCAAGACCAAUGUGGUGGGGACUUUGAACAUGUUGGGCUUAGCGAAGAGGGUCGGAGCAAGGUUUCUGCUAACCAGUACCAGUGAAGUCUAUGGAGAUCCUCUUCAACACCCACAAGUUGAAACCUACUGGGGCAACGUCAAUCCCAUCGGUGUUCGAAGCUGUUACGACGAGGGAAAACGGACGGCCGAGACGUUGACUAUGGACUAUCACAGAGGAGCUGAAGUUGAGGUUAGAAUUGCCAGAAUUUUCAACACUUAUGGCCCAAGAAUGUGCAUUGAUGAUGGGCGUGUUGUUAGUAAUUUUGUUGCCCAGGCUUUGAGGAAGGAGCCUCUUACUGUGUAUGGUGAUGGGAAGCAGACCAGGAGUUUCCAAUAUGUUUCUGAUCUUGUUGAAGGAUUGAUGAGGCUAAUGGAAGGAGAGCACAUUGGACCCUUCAAUCUUGGGAACCCUGGUGAAUUCACCAUGCUUGAACUUGCCAAGGUUGUGCAAGAAACGAUUGACCCAGAUGCAAAGAUAGAGUACAGGGCGAACACGGAGGACGACCCUCAUAAGAGGAAGCCAGACAUCACUAAAGCCAAGGAUCUUCUUGGAUGGGAGCCUAAAGUUUCUCUCCGUAAGGGUCUCCCGCUCAUGGUCUCCGACUUUAGACAACGUAUCUUUGGCGAUCAUAAGGACAACAGCGGGACCAAAACGACAGCGUAGUCGAUGUCGUCAUCCCGUGUAGGAGAAUGAAUUCAAUUCACUGGCGAAAAUGGAGUUGUUCUUGUGCUGCUGUUAAGUAUAAUGGUUAAAGUUGAUGGUAUAAGGUGGUGGGGUGCAGAAGCAAAGGGAGUGAAAGUGAAGCUGUUCUGUGUAAGGAAAUUUAACAGGUUAGGAAUGUUCAGAACAAUGUUUUUGAUUUUUUUUUUUUUUUUUUUUUUUUUUU